UCUAGUGGUGUUUACAAGUCGUACGUAAAAUUCCUACAGAAAAUGGCGACAGCGUCAGACGGUACAGCAGCGCCGCCUGCCGGAGACUAUCUGUUCUGCAGCGGAGGCCAGCUGAGGAUGAUGGAGAUUAGGGAGGACGCCAGCCCGGCUGACAGGGAGAAGUGGGAGCGCGCCCCGCCCAUCCCGCACACACGCACGUCUGAAGAAACCGGACACCCCGUCAUGUAUGGAGCCUUGGACAAGAUCACUAAGGACAACAUGAAGCACAACAUCACUGAGGCCCGUCUGGACUGGUUUACCGACACGGAGCUCCCUGAAGAUCAGCAGGCCCUGUACACCGGGCUGGAGGAGUGUCUCGGCUUCCCCUUCUCCGCACAGGUCUGGCUGCCGGAUGACUCCACGGCCACGGUCAAGGUCACGGGGAUCAUAGACGGACAGGACGGGGUGGAGCGGCCCGGGACGGGGUGCGGGUUCCAAGUUGAGUACAUGGGCCACGAGCUGAUGCUGCCUGUUGACGACUUCGUGAACGAGCUGGCUUCUCCUGAUGACGUGGACGAGGCGUGGUUGGCCAGUCCGGCUGCAGUGCCAGCUAAGGUGUUUGCCAUAGUCCGGGAUUUCUAUGACAACGCCGUCUUCACAGAGGGCUGCAUCUUCUUCAGCAUCUGGGAUGACGUCAGGUAUGACGUAUGCUACGAGGCCCAGAAGAAGGAAAUGCGGAAGUGCCAAACGGCAGUGAACAAGGACUACUUCGACAACCCCCCUCCGAUUAAGAAGAUGAAGUCUUUCCCCAAGAUGAACUCGGAAGGCCGACUUAACUCCGUUGUCCGUCCCUUCCCUCUCUACCAGAUGUCCCUGGCGCUCCACACCUACCUGUCUACUGUGGCCACGUUUCCUCUGGACCUGAAGCUGAAGUACGGAGGAGGCGUCGUCAAGGCAACGGGGAUGGUUCCAUAUAAGGCGGAAAACUUCUUCCAGGAGUCCCGGGGCUUGUACGUGACCGUAGACCUGCCGACCGCGCGGACGGAAGCGCCGCCUAGCAAGAAGCGCAAGAACAGCAGCACCAGGACCGUGGCGUUGAGCGUGCACGGCGUGGAGCCCUGCGACACGACCCCUGACCCCGUGCGGAGGUUCCUGGAGGACCUUGCGGAGCUGAUGGAGGGAGAAAACGGCAUGUGUGUGCUGAAGACGCGCUUCCGGUCCAUACACAUAGAGCUACCAUUGAGGAAGAGGAGAGGAGGACAGAGAGGGAGUUUGGUGGUGCGGCCCCCUGACCCCAACCGUGCUCUGAUACUUAGACAACUUCGAGAACUUAUCGGGAACUGAGAAAAAGCAGGAAGCAGCGGAAUCACACAGCUGGCUGAGAAAACAGUUUUAGCUAGGUUUGAAGACAGUCAUGUUUUAAAUGCGAACAGUGUUCCUUUUUUUGAAGUUUUAGAAGUAUGUAAACAAUGUGUCGGGAUCGUUUAGUGCAGUAGUGAACUUAAUAAAGUCUCAUUUUUUAAGUUCGUAA